AUGAUCGUAAGAAAGAUCAGUAACCUGAAUAGAAAACCCAAUCGGCUUCAACCCGCCAUUAAAAUCGAUUUACAGCCAAAUCGAGCUCGUCGUAAAGGUGGAAAUAUUGGAAAAAAACAACGAUUAGAUCUCGGCUACACGAAGAACUCGAACUCUUCAUCACCACCGCUGGAAACCCUAGCUGUGCCGCCUGUCCAAACCAUAGCGCCACCAUCAGAUGGGAAUAGUCUCCAUGAAACCCUAGCCGCCACGAACAUCCCAAAUCUGUGA